UAUAUUAGUAUUGUGCACUCUGAUUCUAAAUUUUGAAUCCGUUUGUGUAAAAGUUGCAUUUCGCUUUAGCAUUCAUUAGUUUCAAAUUCUUAAUCUAAACUUUCAUUGUAGUCUGCACUCGUUUCAUAAAUAUCAUUCAACUGAGAGAGAGAGAGAGAUUGUAGUGAUGGAAGGAGGUGAGAGUUCGGUGGGAGAUUUCGUGCCUGCGAUGAAAUCGGAGAAUUUAAGUUCCGGCGAAUUAGCACCAGGGACGGCGGCGGCGAAAUCGGAGCAAUUGUUAGCUUUGCCACCUCCAUUGGCGGCGACGGCGGAGAACGAAGAGGACAAAGAGAUGAUGUGUCCGAUAUGCAUGCAAAUUAUGAAAGACGUGUUCCUCACGGCGUGUGGACACAGCUUCUGCUACAUGUGCAUUGUCACUCAUCUCCACAACAAAAGAGCUUGUCCCUGUUGCUCUGUUUACUUAACUGUUAAGCAGCUUUAUCCUAAUUUCCUCCUCAAUAAGUUAUUGAUGAAGACCUCUGCUCUCCAAAUAGCCAGAAGGGCCACACCUUUGGAACAACUUUCUCAAGCAAUACAGCAGGGAUGCGAGGUGUCUGUUAAAGAGCUUGAAAGCCUCUUAUCACUUCUUAUGGACAAGAAAAGGAAAAUGGAGCAAGAAGAAGCUGAAUCAAGUCUCCAGAUUAUGCUUGAGUUUCUCCAGUUGUUGAGGAAGCGAAAGGUUGAAGAGCUUAAUGAG